AUGAUUAAGUUGAGUGUGCCUACGCAGGCUGGACACUAUGGGGUUUUGAUCGAAAAUUUCUGCAAGGCUGGUGAAUAUGACAGGGCUGUUAAAUUAUUGGAUAAACUGAUUGAGAAGGAUAUCAUCCUUAGGCCUCAGAGUACUCUGCGCUUGGAGCCUAGCGCGUACAACCCACUAAUCGACUACCUUUGCAAAAACGGCCAGGCUUCAAAGGCCGAAACCCUAAUGCGUCAGCUGAUGAAAUUGGGUGUGCAGGACUCGGCUGCUAUGAACACCCUUGUAAUCGGGCAUUCCCAUGAAGGUUCUCCCGAAUCCGCUUUCGAAUUUCUCAAAAUCAUGCUCAGGAGAAAUAUUAGCAUUGAGAAGACCACAUACGACUCGCUUGUCCACAGCUAUCUUAAAAAGAACGACCGUGCGGAGGCGAAAAUCGUUCUCGACAGCAUGGUGGAAAGCGGGCACCUCCCGGAUUCUUCCCUUUAUCGAUCGGUAAUCGAUAGCUUGUUUGAGGAUGGACGAGUUCAGACAGCAAGCCGUGUGAUGAAGAUGAUGUUAGAAAAAGGAGUCACAGAUCAUCAAGACUUGAUUUUUAAGGUAUUGGAGGCUCUGUUCAUGAGGGGCCACGUAGAGGAAGCCCUCGGCAGAAUCGAGUUGCUUAUGCAGAGUGGGGUUGUACCCGAUUUUGACCGAAUAUUGUCCGUUUUGUGCGAGAAAGGGAAAACUAUUGCUGCUUUGAAGCUUUUGUAUUAUGGCUUGGAGAGGGAAUAUAGUGUACAGGUGUCGACCUAUGAGAAGGUGCUGGAUGCAUUGUUGGCUGCGGGGAAAACUCUUAAUGCAUACUCGAUACUCUGUAAGAAUAUGGAGAAAGGAGGUGUUAGUGAUUGGAGUAGCUGCAAAGAUUUGAUCAAGAGUCUUAAUAAAGAGGGGCAGUUGAAGCAGGCGGAUAUUUUGUCUCGGAUGAUUACAGGGAAGGAUAAUGAUAAGCCGGUUAGAAGCAAGAAAGGUGAUAAGAAGAAAGGUGCCAUGGCUUGCUAG